CGCUAGUGCAACUACUAUAUUUGCACGUAUUUUGCUACGUUGUAUUUUCCGUACUUUGAGUUGCUUCGAGGUAUCUGAUAACUUGAGUACUUUGACAGGUCUCUUUGUUAGCCGGCGCGGGUAAUAUGUUAGACGUGUGUACGGUUUUUUAGGAGUCUUUCAGUAUUAGUUGACGUUAGGCCUGUUCGGGUUAUUUCCAUCAUUGGCUAACAAGUCCCUAAACAGAAAUGUCACUGGGGGAAUGAAGACAUUUCGACUCGCUGAAUUCAGAUUUGGGCGGCGGGUCUGUGGUCAGUGAGCGAACAGCCUCGGGCACGUUUAAUGGCGAAGAGGAGAAGCUGCAUUACAUUCCUAUCCGGAUCCUCGGGAGGGGGGCGUUUGGUGAAGCAACUCUGUACAGACGAACAGAGGACAACUCUCUGGUGGUAUGGAAGGAGGUGGACCUGAACUCGCUCUCAGAAAAGGAGCGCAGAGAUGUCAUGAACGAAAUAAGCAUCCUCUCCAUCCUGGAGCACAACAACAUCAUCGCCUACUUCAAUCACUUCAUGGAUAAAAAUACCUUGCUGAUCGAGUUGGAGUAUUGUAACGGAGGGAAUCUGUACGAUAAGAUCAACCACCAGAAUGGAAAACUUUUCAGUGAAGAGGUGGUCAUAUGGUACCUGUACCAAAUUGCCUCAGCAGUGUCCCACAUUCACAAAGCGGGGAUCUUACACAGAGAUAUCAAAACUCUCAACAUUUUCCUGACCAAGACGGACCUCAUUAAGCUUGGGGACUAUGGCCUUGCAAAGAAGCUAGACUCCGAGUUUUCAAUGGCAGAGACCUGUGUGGGAACUCCGUAUUACAUGUCACCUGAAUUGUGCCAGGGGGCAAAGUACAACUUCAAAUCUGACAUCUGGGCCAUGGGCUGUGUACUUUUUGAAGUUUUGGCUCUUACAAGAACAUUUGAUGCAACGAACCCUUUGAACCUCUGUGUGAAAAUAGUCCAAGGCAACUGGACUAUGGACGUGAACUCGGAUGUUUAUUCAGCUGCAUUGAUCAAACUGGUGUACGAGUGCCUUGAUCAAGAUCCUGCAAAGAGGCCUACAGCUGACCAGAUUCUGGACCAGCCAUUCAUCUCCUGCUGCAGACAGGAGCUUGAAGAGCGAGUUGCCCUGCUGAAUUCAGCAAUGAAAAAACCAAAGUUGAGUACAGUAACUGACACCCCUGUUGCUGUGGUGACCACACGCUCGAGGGAGGUUUACUUCUGGGGGGGAGGGAAGUUUACCCCCCAGAAAAUUGACUCGUUUAAAGGAGGCAGCAGUGCCCAACACGUGUGUGCCGGGGAGAGUCACUUUGCAGUGGUGACAGUGGAAAAGGAGCUGUAUACCUGGGCAAAUGUCCAAGGUGGGGGGAAGAUGGUGGGCCAGCUGGGACACGGAGACCAGGCUUCGUACCGGCAGCCAAAGAGGGUGGAGAAGCUACAAGGAAAGGCAAUCAGACAGGUGGCAUGUGGGGCUGACUUCACGGCCUGUAUCACCGAUGAGGACCAGAUGUACAUGUUUGGGUCAGACUAUUACGGCUGCAUUGGAGUGGAGGGGGAGCUUGGCAGUGAGAUUUUGGAGCCAGUGCUCUUGGAGUUUUUUGAGGAGCGGCCUGUCCGUCAGGUUUCUUGUGGAGAUAACCAUGUGGUGGUCCUGACUCAGCAUGGGGACAUCUACUCCUGGGGCUGUGGAGAGUACGGGCGUCUCGGACUGGAAUGUGAGGAUGACUUCAGUUCUCCGAUGCAAGUGGAAAUCCCUAAAGGUGCCACCAUCUCUGCAGUGUCAUGUGCCAGCGAUGGAACCUUCUUUAUAACAGAAACUGGCAAAGUCCUGGCGUGUGGAAACAAUGAAUUCAACAAGCUUGGUCUGAACCAGGGAAUCUCUGGUCUCAAAAACCACCCUGGAGAGGGUAACCAGGGGAUCCCAUACAUCACCACACUGACCUUGGUAAAGCAGCUGUCAUGGUUCAAGAUUCAGACCAUAGCUCCAGGGAAGACCCACACAGCUGCCAUUGAUGUGCGCGGUCGCCUCAUCACCUUUGGUUGCAACAAGUACGGACAGCUGGGUGUGAAGGACUUCAAAAAACACCAGGGAGUCCAGCUCCUUGUCGGACCGUUUGGAGGGAAGACCGUGACCAAAGUGUCUUGUGGCGACGGCUUCACCAUUGCAGCCACUGAGGAUAAUCAGAUCUUCGCAUGGGGAAAUGCAGGAAACGGGCGACUUGGGAUGCCGGCUGAUAAGGGAUUUGGUUCAGAAGUAUGCCCUGCCAUGCCAAGACCUAUCUUUGGUUCCCUCCACCAUGUACCGGACCUGUCUUGCCGUGGCUGGCACACCAUUAUCAUAAUGGAGAAAGUGCUCAACUCCAAGACUAUUCGCUCUAACAGCAGUGGACUGUCAGUCGGUAGUGGGCUGGGCCAGGAGGCAUCUACGUCCACAGUUGAUCUGGACAUGGACCCUGGUUCAGAGACAGAGUGUCGUUUCAGGGGUCUUGGUGGUACAAUGGAGGAUAAUACAGAGGAGUGCUUCAUGGAGACCCCGAUGAUGUCACUGGCAAAUCAGACUGGGGACAGCUCCUGCCCUCUCUGGCUUAGAAAGGAGCUUGAAAACGCAGAGUUCAUCCCGAUGCCAGAUGACUCAGAGGGAUCCACUCCUGACCAGCUCUCCUCUUUCUCCCAAAGCGUCACUCUGCCUUAUGAGGAGCUGAAAGAGCUGGCUGCUGCUGCAGCAGCUGUCAGCACCAAGAAAGACCUAUCGACUAAACGAAUGGGCUGUGAUAAAGUCAAUGGACUGGAGCAGGCUGACGGCUGCAGAAAAGGGGAAUCGGGCGCAUGCUGCAAAGCAAGUAGCGAGAUCACACAGCUGCGAGAGACAGUCGCUCGUCAAGAGAUGCGGAUCCAGAUGCUCGAAAAGCAGGUCACUGAGCAGCAGAAGGAAAAUCAAAGGCUCUGGGCGGCAAUCAAUCGUUCAACGCUACGGGAAGCAGGAUGUGACAAUAACGGAAACCGUCCCUCUGAUGCCCGAAUGCCCGGGGAUGGAGGCGAAAGAGGAGGCGGAUUCACAAACAGGCCCGCAGGGGCCAGUGUGUGAGACUUUACCUGCAGAUUUUCUGAUGAUGGGAGAAGUGUCAAACCUCAAAGCACAUAUUAAAUGAAACAAGGCUGUCAGACGUGCAGUAGAGGGUGCAGCCUCGUGCUCAUUCAUAGUGGUUACGUUCAGUAUACAUGUUUGACAGAGCGCUAAGUUGCAUGAUUACAUUCUGUUACAUAAUACUGUAUAACACCACACUCUCACAUGCACACGUGUGUUCACCUGGGUGCAGUGAUGUAGUUUCUCCACAGACUGAAAUGUUGGCUGGAUUCAACAUGAAGCAUCGGACCUUGACACCCAUGAGAGACAGUCAUCGUAGUGUUACUCUGCAAUGUGAAUGUUAGGUCCAUGUUUUGGUGGUAUUGUUGACUUUAAGUGGUGUCAGCAUUGAGGCAUCAGUCCUUAGUGCCUUACAUAUUGCAAAUAACAAGACAAUCUUGUGCAAAUAGGAAAUCGUUUGCAAAUGCAUCCAAAGAUUAAGCUUUCCUCUUGUCAGAUAUUGAGAGAUGGGCUGCCAGGAUGUUGUUGAUUGAUCACAACUCAUGUUGCUGCCAUCUUCCAGAAUGCAAGCAUAACUUUUUUUUAACAUAUCACUUUAUUUUUAAUUAUUUUAAUAUCAUUUGAUAUUAUUAAAAGUGCCAAAUACAAAAUAUCCGUUUUCCAUAUUUAUCAGUCUCGUUAGCUAUUACAAACAUAUUAAAAUUAUUCUAAAUAUAUGCUUUUGAAAAAUGUGCAUGUCUUAUUGUCAUAUGAAAGUAUUUGUGUGAAACACGAAACUACUGAUUCUUUUUUAACAGCUACUUUUAGUUACUUUUUCUCACUGCCUUCUUCAACUCUUGAACUCUUGAUGGGGCAGCACAUUCAGGUCUAUCUACUAUGUGACAUGAAUGGACACUUAAACAGUUUUCUUUUAAGCAUUUAUGGUAAAGCUGCUCUUGCGGCUAUAAUGCUGUUUUCGUAUUGCAUUUUUUAACCAUUUUAUCUGUCUUAGGUACUUUCUUAUAUGUUGUUUUGUUAUGCCGUUUUUGUUCAUUGCUUAGGUUUAUUGUGCGAGUUAACAUAUACAGUACAUGUGUGCAAGUGUGUCAUAGUUGUGUACUGUCAGUGUCUGCAGUAUAACACUGGCAGUGUUUUCAUGCAGUAAAAUGCAUUGUUAAAUAUAGCCAGAGUGCCUUGGAAAGCUAUUGAAACCAAAACUUAGUGCAAAUAUGACAAUGCUGUGCCUUAGCUCAAUUUUUCAUACAGUGUGUUGACAGCAUUUUAAAAUAUGGUUUAUUUUUUUCAACAUCUAACCAAAUAUUAUUAACUUGUAACUGUUGUAUAAACACGCAUCUCACAGUCUCACUGUUGCUUUAUGCUUUGUGUAAAAGCCAUAAAUAAAACCGCUGUUUUUUUCAUGCAUAUACAA